AUGUUUCAGAAUUAUUACUUCCAGCAGACAUUCCAAAAAUCGUUUCUAUACCGCCUCAUACAGAAGCUUCAAGUGUGCAAUGAGGAGGAUCUAAAUGCGGCCCGGCAGUACAGACCACAAGGUAGCAGCAAGAUGGAUCGCUAUGAGAAGUUGAGUCGACUGGGCGAGGGAUCCUAUGGUAUUGUCUACAAGUGUCGGGAUCGAGAGACGGGCGCCCUAGUGGCGGUCAAGCGAUUCGUGGAGUCCGAAGACGAUCCGGCAAUUCGAAAAAUUGCAUUGAGAGAGAUAAGGCUAUUGAAGAACCUUAAGCAUCCGAAUCUGGUUUCCCUACUGGAAGUCUUUCGUCGUAAGCGUCGCCUGCACUUGGUCUUUGAGUUCUGUGAACUGACGGUCCUCCACGAGCUCGAACGCCAUCCGCAGGGCUGCCCCGAGCAUCUAACCAAACAGAUCUGUUACCAGACCCUGCUGGGCGUGGCCUAUUGCCACAAGCAGGGCUGUCUUCACAGGGACAUCAAGCCGGAGAACAUUCUGCUGACGGCCCAGGGACAGGUGAAGCUGUGCGACUUUGGCUUCGCCAGAAUGUUGAGUCCUGGGGAGAACUACACAGACUAUGUGGCCACCCGAUGGUAUCGAGCGCCCGAGCUCCUCGUGGGCGACAUACAGUAUGGCACACCCGUGGACGUGUGGGCCAUUGGAUGCCUCUUUGCGGAACUGGUGCGAGGGGAGGCUCUGUGGCCGGGGCGCAGCGAUGUGGAUCAGCUGUAUCUGAUACGGAAAACCCUGGGGGAUCUCCUGCCGCGACACAUACAGAUCUUCGGGCAGAACGAGUACUUCAAGGGGAUAACGCUGCCGGUGCCGCCAACGCUGGAGCCGCUGGAGGAUAAAAUGCCGCCCAAAUCAUUGCAGAAUCCCCUGACCAUUGACUUUCUAAAGAAAUGCCUGGACAAGGAUCCGGUGAAGCGUUGGUCCUGCGAAAAGUUGAUCAAACAUUCCUACUUCGACGACUACAUAGCCAAGCAGCGAGAACAGGAGCACAUCAAUAGCCUGGAGGCGGCCACGGUGCGGCAACAGCAGCUCGCCUCACAGCAGUUUAUGCUUGCCACAGCCGCACAGCAGCUACAAACGGGUGCGGGCCAGGCGGCAGCCAUUGCAGCGGCUCGUGAUAAAUCAAAGACUUCAAACACCUCAUUGCCGCUGUUGACCGGCACCCAGCAUCAUCAUCAUCCGCAUCAGGAUUACGGGAAGCUGCAGCCCUUGAACAAGAAUGGAAAUCUCCUCCAUCGCACAGAGCAUCAUCUGCCCACCAUAUAAACGGGAUGGGGGGAGGGAGCGGGUCUAAUAAUUUCUCCUUUUAUUUGGUAUUUUUAUGCUUUAUGUCUGGUAAUAAAUGUG